GAAGGCAGAGGAGGAGGUGAAGGCAGAGGAGGAGGUGGAAGAGGAGGCAGAGGAGGAGGUGGAGGAGGCGGCAUUGAAGCUGAAGCUGGAGGUGGUUACACUCACAGGGCCCCACAGAGGAGGCCAGUGUUCACAGAGCAGGGUCAGUAUGUCCAACCUCAGCCAGACCUAUUUAGCCCUAGCCAAACCUAUGACUACAACCCUGCCCAGUGGAGCUGGCCAGUGGAGCCCUCAGGCCCUAGUCUGAGACACUAUUCCCCUGUGAAAGAACAAUGUGGCUGUGUGGGACAGGGUGGAGGUGACGCUGUUGGGACGGCGACCAGGACACACCUCUUUAACAGCAGCAGACAUGCGUCAGCCUUGUCACUCCCGGCGGACCCAGACCCGGCACACAGACAGACAGACAGACAGAUUAGCUACAACUACAAUCCAGAGGGGCACAGGCAGGCUAGUUAUGGAGCGGAAGAGCAGAUCUGGGAUCAGUCAAAACACAGACAGGCCAGCUGCAGUUACAGUACUGAAGACAAACCGAAACACAGGCAGGCUAGUUAUGGAGUGGAAGAACAGAUCUGGGGUCAAUCAAAACACAGACAGGCCAGCUGCAGCUACAGUUUGAGGCUAGAAAGACAGGCUAGCUACGGUCCACAGGAACUACACAGACAGGCUAGCUACGGUCCAGAAGAACAGAUCUGGGAUCAGUCGAAACACAGACAGGCUAGCUACAGUUACAGUCCAGAAGACAAGCCGAUACACGGACAGACUAGCUACGGUCCAGAAGAACAGAUCUGUGAUCAGUCGAAUCACAGACAGGCUAGUUACAGUCCAGAAGACAAACCGAUACACGGACAGACUAGCUACUGUCCAGAAGAACAGAUCUGGGAUCAGUCGAAACACAGACAGGCUAGCUACAGUUACAGUCCAGAAAGGCAGGACUGGAGAUUUACUGCUAGUGGUAAACACGAUCAUUUGGACAGGUGUGUACCACUGGAACAAGGAGAUUUACACCCCCACAUGCCAAAUGAAUGCUGUGGCAUUGGUGGUCCCAGCCCCAGGCCUGUGUCCUCUCGGGGCAGGGGAGAUAGAGCUAACCACCAGGAGAGGACUACUAGAUUAAAGGCUGGAGGAGUUGGAGGUGGGAUAAGAGAGGACGGCUGUAAUGGACGACAUGUCCCUGCUGGCUCUAGCUCUGAGGGUUUGGUCAGGAAGAAGCAGAGUUUGGUCAGGAAGAAGCAGAGUUUGGUCCGGAAGAACCAGAGUAUGGUCCAGGAGAAGGAGGUUGGGGUCCAUGAGAACCACGGUUCGACCCAGGAGAACCAGGGUUCGAUCCGGGAGAAGGAGGAUUCAGUCCGGGCGAAGAAGGGUUCGGUCCGGGAAAACGAGGGUUCGAUCCGGGAGAAGGAGGGUUCAGUCCGGACGAAGGAGGGUUCUGUCUGUGAGCAGAUCAGACAGGUGGUGUCAGACCUGGAGGGGGUCCUGGGUGGUCUCAAACAGGUCCACGUGGAGAUGAAGGAGGUGGUCCAACAGAUAGAUCGUCUGACAGCUAACAUUGACCUGGAAGAGGAAGAGGGAUCAUGUAACAAGUCCCCUAGUAGUGGUGAUGGUCACCCCAACCCCAGAGACUGUAGAGGUGGUGACGGUCUCCCCAACCCCAGAGACUGUAGAGGUGGUGACGGUCUCCCCAACCCCAGAGACUGUAGAGGUGGUGACGGUCUCCCCAACCCCAGAGACUGUAGAGGUGGUGACGGUCUCCCCAACCCCAGAGACUGUAAAGGAGUCCUGAUGUUCAACCAGGGAGACCAGAGACCACAGUACAGAGACAUGGACCGUACAGUCAACCAGAAGACUACUAGGGUCCAGGUGCACACCCACUGGACUGGUACAGGGGACCUGGUCCACAACCAUAAGACUCCUGGGGACCAUGGACCACAGUGCAGAGACACGGAUCAUACUGUCAUCAUACAUGACCCUCCUCCCGACCCCAGAGACGUCUCUGGGGUCCACAGCCAAAAGACUAAUGGAGAUCAGGUAGUCUCACUACUUUACAGACACCCUGACCAUACUGUCACCAUACGAACUAACUCCUCGUCCCCUGUCCUCACCGCAUCUGUCAUCAAGACCAACCGGGUUGGGAUCACAGUCCUGAGCCCCAUGGGCCCCCUGAGCCCCUCCAAAGACCCCAAACAGGACAGACGGGGGCUCAACGGACACCCUCCUCUACUCGGUCCAGGUAGAGAACUGAACCAUGUGGCCCCCCAUACCCCCCUAGAGCUAGAAAUGACCCCCUCCCUACCCCUACCCUUAUGGUCUCAACUGUCUGACCCCACAGCCAUGGUCGGAUACAGUGUCCCCACUCUUAGGAACCAGAAACCUCCUCUGUACCCCCGCCACAACGAAUGGGUGGAGAGGCUCAGUAAGAGUCCGGCUCAACCACCCUACCCUGCCUACCCAGCCCACCCAGCACUGCCGGUCCUGCCCCACCUGGCUCAGCCACCCUACCCUACCCACCCUAACCACCCAACCCACCCUGCCCUGCCUCCCAGUGAUCUGAAGACACCCCCCUACCCGGGGAAAGGCUGCAGCAUGGUAUGAGGGGACAGGGGACAGCCUCACUGCCAUGGGGGCGGGAACAUAUAGGACAAGGACAGACCUACACUGAUAAGUAGUCUGAGAAGGAAAGCUUGCGGAGCCCUGACGUGGUGAAGAGAUGACAUUCAGUGGUGGACACGGUCAGAGCUCGCCCUGAAGGGGGGGGUAUUUCCAAGGGAAAACACUCCAGACAGACAGGAGGGAAAUUCCACAUGAAAGCCUGCGAUGCACAGGCCUUGAGACGCACAGUAUGUCUGGGGGGUUGGUAAAAACAUAAGACAGCAAAAAUAAACAUUUCUGAUACAAAUUGGACAAUAAAGUUGUAUUGUAUUGUAUAACCCAACCCUACUGAUCACCCUUGGAGCUAGACAUCAAAGGUAAUCGACAAAAUAAUCUCUAGACAAAUGAGAAUGAAUGUUGGAAGUUACAUUUUACAUUUUAGAAAGUUAUAUGAUUAUACUAUCUAUAUUCAUGUUUAUAAAUAAUGUUUAUUUUCUAAAUUUGAAAAUUGUACCCUCUGAAACAUUCAAUUCCAAAAAAGUUAAAAUUGUCAACUGAAUGUGUCACAUUUCUUACAUUUGUGUAUGAAAUAAAGAUAGCAGUGACCUAAUCAUUGGUAUUAA